UCCCCGCGCAUUACUUGCCGCGCGCACGCCCCACAACGAGCAGACAUGGCAGUGUGCGAGGACACGACCGACGUCCAGAAGGCCCAGCCGAUCGACACGCGGCUGCCGACGCCCGACCGAGCGCCGACGAACGUCGGCAAGCUUCCGUUCAGCAUCGAUAGGAUCCUGAACUCGAGCUCGGUCGGCGACGCGAGGAAGCGAGGUGGUGGCGACGACAACGAGAAGGAGCAUGGCGGGGCGGCGAUGGUGACAACGCACGCGACGACGGCCGUUAUUCGAGUUCCGGCGCAUCGCCCGCUAGGACUGUCGAGCCUUCCGCCGCUCGUGCUGCCCUGGUUGGAUCCCUUCGGCAGGAUGGCGCGGGAUAGACUAUCGGUAACCCGUCGCAUCGGGCAUCCCUACCAGAACCGUACGCCGCCGAAACGCAAGAAGCCACGGACGUCGUUCUCACGCGUGCAGAUCGCUGAGCUGGAGAAGCGCUUCGACAAGCAGAAGUACCUCGCGUCGGCUGAGCGCUCGAGCCUCGCGUCGCGACUGAACAUGACCGACGCGCAGGUGAAGACGUGGUUCCAGAAUAGACGCACAAAGUGGAGGCGACAGACGGCCGAGGAGCGCGAGGCCGAGAGGCAAGCCGCUAGUCGUCUGCUUAUGUCUCUGCAUCACCAGGAGGUGGGCAGCGGGGUCGCCUUUCCCCGACAGGAGGCGCACUGCAUCGCCAACGCAUCCCUAAACGCGUUGCAGAGUCUACAGCCGUGGGCUGAGACAAACGCGCUACAGACACAGCGCGCCACGCUGGAAGCAACUUUCUAAGUAGUUUAUGUGACGGACGCACCAGACUGUGGGAGUGGCAACCCUAUCUCUAAUAUGGCUUCCGCUUGCAUGCUGCUGCAGGGGACGAUUACAUUGUUGUUUAAUUAAACAACAGCAGGAGGAGGGUCAUGCGGCAUCAUUUCUUGAUACGCGCCCUCGGCAACGAACAAACGCAUGCGUUUUUAUAUAAUUGUAAUGCGUCAUGAUAUAAAUAGUUUUAAUUAAUGUGUCGUGCUAUAGUACCACGGUAAUAAUUUCAGUCGUUACGA